UCGCCAGAUGGCACUGUAUUUAGUACGAAGAAGCAGGGAGGUAAAACAGCAGAAAUGGCGAUAACAUUUCCGAUGUAGAGAAUUUCUUUAAGGUAGGAAGCGAUGACGACAGAUAUGGAAAUCAACGCGUAUGAUACGUUUUUAACGGAGAAAUCAGUUUCUGCGCCAACAACGCCGACAGAAAGUAGUAAAAGUAUACAGUCCCGCAAGAUGAGAUGUAAAGGAAGACGAGUUAACUUUCCCAACGACGACAUGAUUGUAACUGGUUAUGUUGAUCCACCAGAUCCUUGGAGAACUGUUUCAGAAGCUAAAACAGAUAGUGUUUUAGAAGCCUAUGAAGUUGGAUGCGAAAAACAAGGUGUAAAGCCUUUACCAUGUAUUGCACAACAACUUCAGGGUAUAAAAGCAUUUGGUGGUAGAGAAAAGGAUUUUAGUUUAAAAGGUGAAAAUUUAGACUUACGACAUUGUGAAGCUUUAGAAGAAAUUUUUAAGAGGGUUCAGUUUAAAAAAGUAGAUUUAGAAGAAUGUCAUUUAGAUGAUGAGGGUGCUGCAGCAUUAUUUGAUAUGAUAGAAUAUUAUGAAUCUGCAAACCAACUAACUUUGUCACUUCUGAAAAAUAUAGAUUCUCGUAGCUGGCAAGCUUGUUCAAGAAUGUUAAAAAAGACUCCAUCGUUACAGUAUUUGAGUACAAAAAAUACGGGUUUAACUGAACAGUGUCUUUUGACUCUUGGUCGAGCUUUGCGUCUGGGCUCAAAUUUAGUUACACUGCAUAUGGAAAAUUGCGGUCUAUCAGGAAAAUUACUAAUUAUAUUAGUUGCAGCACUUAAAUUAAACACAGCUUUACAAGAUCUUUAUCUUGGUGAAAAUAAGAUGAGCUCCUCAGAUGGUAUUCAGUUACAAAAUUUAGUGAAGACAAAUGUUUAUCUAAAAUUGUUGGACUUAAGCAAUAAUAAUUUACAGGAUGAAGGUUUAGAACAUCUUGUUUAUGGAUUAUCAGAACAAAAACCACAAGCAGGAAAAGGUCUGAAGACAUUAAUAUUAUGGAAUAAUAAUUUAACUCAUAAAGGAAUGGAAAGUGUUUCAGUCUUGUUGAGUUCUUCAAAAUGUUUAGAAAAUUUGAAUAUUGGUCAUAAUGGUAUUACUAAUGAUGGAAUUCAUAAUAUGAAACCUGGGCUUCUGUCUAAUUUUACAUUAUUGACUUUGGGAUUAAGGAAAUGUGAAAUUUCUUGUGAAGGUGCUGUAGCAUUAGCAGAAUGUAUUGCUGAUAACAAACAUAUUAAAAAAUUAGAUUUGAAAGAAAAUGAUAUCAAAGCUGCAGGACUGAUGGCUUUAGCAUUAUCUAUGAAACAUAAUAACAGUAUUGAAAGUUUAGAACUAGAUGCUGUAAUUACAAAGGGAACAGAUGGAUUUGAUGAUCACUGUUGGAUUUUAAAGGAAAUGUCAGAAUAUUGUGAAAGAAACAAAGGAAGGAAAGAGACUGUGGAAGAGAAAAUAUGUAUAUCACCAAAUAAUAAGAUUUUUAAGUUAACUCCUACGCCUCCAUCCAUUAAGAUUCCUAAUCCAGUUCCAAAUCGUUUCCAAGUUAGUAGGGUUUUCUUGGAAAGAGAAACGGAAAAACCAGAUGAACUGAAAUCAAAAAUAAUAAUUUCUGACAAAACAGAUGUUCUUGUUGCUAAGGAUUCUGAUAUUAAUUUAGGUAACAAGGAACUACAAGUUAAAAAAAAUCAGCCAAUUUCAGAAUUGGAUACUAUACAAAAUUUAUCAGAUAAAUUAAAAUCUUCAGUGACUAUUGCUGAGGAUAACAAUAAUACUAUUUGGAAACAUACAAAUAAGAGUCCAUGUCAAAUUAUUGACAAAACUGUCAAUUGUAAGAUUCCAGAAGAAAAAGAAACACUUCAAGAAAUUCAGAUUGAAUCUGAAAUGGAUGAUGAAAUAUUUAUUGACAAUUCAAAGUAUCCAGAGGAAAAUAUUGAAAAUAAUUUAUCUAUUAUAGCAGUAGAUACUAAAUCAAACAUACAAGAACCAAAGGAAAAAACUGUAGUUUUCAACUUACCUGAUAUUUUGAGUAGUUCUCAUCAUACAAAAACGGAACGCCGUAUGAGUACUCCAUUAGAAAAUUUACAGAAAUUGCAAUGUAAUUUAAAACUUUGUAAACAAUUGGAUUGUUUGGACUUAAAGAGCUCAAUUCCACUAUCUCCAACAAGGUUAAUGGAAGGUUGGAGUAAGUAUUUAUUCAUUACCAUAAUUGCCUUGUCUUUAAAUUAUUAUAAUAGUUUGUAAUUUCUAAUGCUUUUAUCUCUUUUUUUUUCUUGCUAAUAAUAAAAUGAUAGUUUCUAAAAUACAAUUUAGCCUGAUUAUAACUUCAUCGGAUGUAACAACAACCCUAGUGUAAUGUCAAAUUUUUAUUGGUCCCAUGAUUUUACUAUACUAGAUAAUGUUAAAAAAAACCCACUUGUAAUGACAUAAAACCCCGUUUUAACAUCAUAUU